AUGUAUCCCCAUGGCGCGCCCAUGCCGCCUCCUCAGAAGCCAGAGACCUUCAUGCUAUCAAAUGAGGCCCAGCAGAGUCUCCCGCAAGACGUACAAGUCGCUCUACAGCAGGUUGAUAAUUACAUUAUGGUCGACGCUCACAAUUUGAACAGUGAAAUAUUUCCUCAUCUCUGCUCCAGUAGAGCGUGGACGCCAGACCAACUAAUCAGACGAUUCUUACUUCCCACCGGCGAUUAUGUCUCGUGUGUGCUAUGGAACAACCUCUUCCACAUCUCGGGCACCGACAUCGCCUUCGGACGGCCAGUGAGGAAUACGAAGAAAUUCGAGGAAGGCAUCUUCUCGGACCUUCGCAACCUCAAAGCCGGCACUGAUGCCUCGCUCGAGGAGCCAAAGAGCCCAUUCUUAGACUUCUUGUACAAGAAUAAUUGCAUUCGAACCCAGAAGAAGCAGAAGGUCUUUUACUGGUACAGCGUGCCUCAUGAUCGCUUGUUUCUCGACGCUCUCGAGCGGGACUUGAAGCGGGAGAAGAUGGGCCAGGAGGCCACCACUGUGGCUGUUAAUGAACCAGCCCUCUCAUUCGAGUUCGAUUCGUCCCAGUCGCUCUACGAGCAGUUGACAAAGGCUCAACAGGCAAACUCUUCAUCCUUCUCCGCCGCUCAUGUCUCAUCUGCAUUCGCGUCGUCUCACUCUACCUCCCCCAUGCCACGAGCCACUGAUUCCAUGCCACCUCCUCAAAUGGCUCCUCCCUCCAUGCCUGUCGUCCACGAAGAUCAACAGAGCAACCAUGCAAUGUACCAUGGCUCCGUUGGCAGCGAUUCUAUCAAUGGCCAUAUUGUCAAGACCGACCCGGACUACCAACAGUUUCAAUACGACCGCAAUGGCAUGGUCUCUAAAGUCCAUCAGCGCCAUACUUCCAUGCCAACAUAUAUGGAGUAUUCGCCUGCUCCAUCGUUCGUAUCCUCUCACUACGACGAGUAUGCCAACCGUGGUAUUUCCUUUGAGCCUCUAACUCCUCCACAGCACGCAAUGCAUCUCAGCUCCGAACCAGCCUACAUUGCGAACGAGGACACCGGCCUCUACACUGCGAUCCCAGACAUCGGAUCUGCCUCCUUCAACCCAAUGAUGCAACUACCUCCCUCCAACGUUGCCGCUCCUCACUACUCUACUGCCUCAAGAAGUUUUCCUUCGUCCAGCGUGUAUUCCGUUAUAGAAGGCUCACCGACGUACAAGCAGCGUAGACGCCGUUCAUCAAUCCCACCAAGCGUCACCAGCGCCAUAACAGCAGCUACCAACAAUCUGCAUGCGCAAGCACAGUCCCAGGACAUGCAUCAGCCCCAGGUUCCCGUCCAACCCCAUGCGGUUCACAGACCCAGUGAUCUUCGCCGCUCGAUGUCUACAUCCGUCGCACUUGAGGGCGAUCCAUCUCACGAAGACUCUCCUCCUCGAGCCAUGUACUCUCAGCCCAGCGUUCACCACUCCCGCACUACCACUCCUCUGCCUAGCUUAGAAGAGAAUCCUGUACAAGUGUCUGUUCCAAUAUCAAUGGGUGAAACAACCGUGUCCGCGUUGUCGAAUAUGGAGACACUUGAUGGUACAGAAGCCAUGCACUUGAUGAACGGUCAUCAGGGUGAGAGGCCUGGCCCCAUCCGUCGUGCUAGAAGCGCUACAAUGAUGGAGCUGGGUCCAUACCCCCAGAAGUCUCAUUCCUGCCCCAUCCCAUCAUGUGGCCGCCUCUUCAAACGUCUAGAGCAUUUAAAGCGACAUCGCCGUGUCCACGAAACCCAACAAUCCUCAACCACCGGCUCUCAGCCCCCAAGCUUCAAAGAAGACGAGCAUGAUAACGACCGCGAACAGUCCGUCGCCGUGAGUCAACAUGAGCAGCAGCCACAACAACUCCAACAAGCCCCAACAUCUAAUGCGACCUACCUCCCCACCACUGUCGUCAACAUGGCUAAUGUCACUUCCAUGCACGCAAUGGGCACCCACUCCAAUCUACCAUCCAUGGUAGCACCCCAGAUGAUUCAACCUCAAAUGGUUCAACCACAGAUGCUACAGCAGCAGAUGUGA